AAAUAUCAGUGCGUCUCCAGUGCUGUCUUAUGAACUCAUGCCGCGCAUCAGCUGCUUGUAGACCGGACUGUUUCCGUGGAGCUGACGGCAAUCUGCUCACGCUACAGGACCCUGUGAAGGAGGACAGUUUCCACCCAUUUCAUCAUCAUCUUGGAAAUCAAGGUGAGGUGCCUUUAAACUCUGGACCAAACCAACAGUGCUGAAAAAAAAAUGAAGAUCAGUGUUGCUUUUAUCGUAGUAGCUGUUCUUCACAUCACUCAGGCUGUUUGUCCAGAUAAGAUACCUGGACUACAACCUUGGACUCCCGGUCACAAUGAAGCCCACAGAGUCACCAUCGGUUACGGCCGCAAAGUCCUCCUCACCUCAUCCGCGACCGUCCAUUCCAUCGAGAUCCUCAAUGGAGGGAAGCUUGUGAUCGCUGAUUCCAGUCGACCCAUUUUUCUACGGGCUAAGCACAUCCUCAUCGGGAACAAGGGUGAACUUCACAUCGGCAGUCCAGAAUGCCCUUACAAAGGCAACCUCACAAUAUCUCUCUUUGGCAGGUCUGAUGACAGCGAGGUCGACCACAGUUAUUUUGGACGCAAGUACAUUGGCGUAGGAACCGGAGGAACUUUGGAGAUUCAUGGCAAAAAGAAACUGUCCUGGACUUUCCUGAACAAAACCCUUCAUCCUGGGCAGGGUAAUGAGAACAGCUACCGUUUAGAAAGGAGCUGGGGCAACAGAGGCAUCAUCAUUCACGUUAUCAACCCCAAGACCGGAGAUGUGCUGCACACUGAUAGGUUUGACACAUAUAGGAGUAAGGACGAGAGCAGACGACUGGCCCAGUAUGUAGACAAGGUGGAAACUGGGCAGAUCUUGGCUAUGGUGGUUAAUGACGAAGGAUCCAACAACCUGGAGGAUCUGGCUAAAAAGGCUGUGACUAAGCUGGGUAGCCAACACUUCCAUCGACUCGGAUUCCGGCAUCCGUGGAGUUUUAUUACAGUCAAAGGGGACGCGUCCUCAGCGGUCGAGGAUCAUGCCGUCUAUCAGGGAACCAAGGCUUCGUCUGAGGCCAGGAGCUCUCGGGUCUUUCACUCAGGUUACGGAGAGCAUUUCACCAUCACCACCAUCAGUCAGUGGGUUCAAGAGGCCGAAUGGACUGAAUGGUUUGACCGCGACGACGAGAGGGGGUCAGGUGACUGGGAGAAACUGACUGACCUCCACAAAGCUUUUCCAGAGCGUCUGUGCAGUAACCCUCUAGAUAUUGAGGCUGAAACUCUUGACGGCAUCCCUGCCAACAUGACAGGAGAAGUCUUCUCCAAGUUUGACAGAAACUAUGGCUUUGUGUGCCUCAACAAAGAGCAGGUGGAUGGGAUUUGCCACAACUACCAUGUGCGUUUCCUGUGCGGCAAACUCGUGCGUCCACAGGCCUCCAUCUCUAUAGAUACCUUGUCGAACUGCAGUAUUCUGGAGCUCGCGGAUGAACCCCAGGGUUGGACAUUCGGCGACAGGAUUGUGGUGGCCAGCACAGAUUACUCCAUGCACCAGGCUGAGGAGUUCAGCAUCUUGCCUUGUCCUUCCUGCACGAGGAACCAGAUCAAAGUGGAAGGUAAACCUGCGUACCUGCACAUCGGAGAGGAGGUGGAUGGUGUGGACAUGCGGGCAGAGGUCGGACUGCUGACUCGCAACAUUUUGAUCAGAGGGGAGAUGGAGCCGACCUGUUACGGCAAUGAAGCCUGCAAGUUCUUCUCCUUCGACACGUUUGGUGGCCAUCUUAAGACAGAGCGAGAUUUCCGCUCGGUGCAUGUGGAAGGGGUGGAGUUUAAGCACAUGGGGCAGCAGUCUAUGGGUCACUAUCCUGUCCACUUCCAUAUGAACGGGGAUGUGGAUGAGAAGGGAGGCUACAACCCGCCAACUUAUGUGAAAGACCUGUCCAUUCAUCACACCUUCUCCAGAUGCGUCACCGUUCACGGCACCAACGGGCUGCUGGUGAAGGAUGUUGUCGGCUAUAAUGCUUUAGGACACUGUUUCUUCACUGAGGAUGGACCGGAGGAGAGGAACACGUUUGACCAUUGUCUGGGUCUGCUGGUGAAGGCGAGCACACUGCUGCCCUCCGACCGAGACAGCAAGAUGUGCCGUUAUAUAACCAAUGGAGCUUAUCCCGGAUACGUGGCCAAACCGCGCCAGGACUGCAGCGCCACCUCCACCUUCUGGAUGGCUAACCCCAAUAACAAUCUCAUCAACUGCGCUGCGGCCGGAUCCGAGGAAACAGGAUUCUGGUUCAUUUUCCACCACGUCCCCACUGGUCCAUCAGAGGGCAUGUACUCCCCCGGCAAGUCUGAACAUACACCCAUGGGGCUGUUCAUUAAUAACAGAGCUCAUUCCAAUUACAGGGCGGGGAUGAUCCUCGAUAAUGGAGUAAAGACGACCGAGGCUAAUGCGAAGGACAAGAGACCCUACCUCUCCCUCGUAGGAGCGAGGUACGGCCCACACCAGGAUGCAGACCCCUUCAAACCACGAGUUCCUGCUCUAGUUCACCAUUUUGUGGCCUACAAGAACCAGGACCAUGGUGCAUGGCUGAGAGGAGGAGACGUUUGGCUGGACGAUUGCCAGUUCGCUGAUAAUGGAAUCGGCCUGACCCUCGCCAGUGGAGGAACCUUCCCGGAUGACGACGGCUCCCGUCAGGAGGUGAAGAACUCUCUGUUUGUGGGAGAGAGCGGGAACAGAGGGAUGCCCGACUUGAAUGAUCAAUCCUGGGGUCCGGGUGGCCCUGAUCAUCUCGGCAGGUCUCUGCCAAGAGGAGUGGACUUCCCCAUUCGUGGAAUGCAAAUCUACGAUGGGCCGAUCAACAUCCAAAACUGCACUUUCCGCAAAUUCAUCGCUCUCCAGGGGCGACACACCAGUGCUUUUGGUUUCCGCCUCAACAACUCGUGGCAGAGCUGCCCGAACAACAACGUCACUGACAUCACUUUCGAUGAUGUGCCGAUCACUUCACGCGUGUUCUUUGGUGAACCGGGACCCUGGUUCAACAAGAUGGAGAUGGACGGCGACAAGACAACUGUUUUCCACGACAUCGAUGGAUCUGUGAGCGAAUACCCAGGUGCUUUUCUGGUCAAAGAGGACAACUGGCUCCUGAGACACCCUGACUGCAUUGACAUCCCCGACUGGAGAGCUGCCAUCUGUAGCGGGCACUAUGCCCAGAUUUACGUCCAGACCCGAAACCCAGCCAACCUGAACAUGAAGAUGGUGAAGGAUGAGUAUCCAGACAAGCCUCUGGAGCUGGUUGGUGCUCUGGGAAAGAGGAACCACUACCAGCAGUUCCAGCCUGUGGUCAUGCUGAGUAAAGGAUACACCAUGCACUGGGACCAAGCGGCUCCUGCCGAGGUCACCAUCUGGCUCAUCAACUUCAACAGAAAUGACUGGAUAAACAUGGGCAUCUGCUACCCUAAAGGCACUGAAUUCACAAUAAUCUCCGACAUCCACAACCGUCUCACCAAAGAGACGAGGAAGACCGGGGUGUUCAUGAGGACCACUCAGAGAGAAAAGAUGGGCCACUCUCACCAUACGAGAGGAUAUUACUACUGGGAGGAGGACACUGGGCUGCUCUUCCUUAAAAUCAAAGCGCACAAUGAGAAGGAAGACUUUGCGUUCUGCUCGGUGAAGGGUUGUGAAAGAGUGAAGAUCAAAGCGGUGAUUCCCCCCGGCAGCGGCCCCAGUGACUGCAUGGCUGAAGCCUACCCCAGAUACAGCGAGAUGCCCGUCGUAGAUGUGCCUAUGCCCAAAAAACUGCCUCGCUCCAAACUGCCUCACACACCGGAGCACUUCCUUGAAGUCAGACUGGAGUCAUAUAACACGCGCUUCUUCCACAUCAAAGAGGACUUCGCCUAUACUGAGGUGAAUGGAAAGAAGAUCUACCAAUCAGAGGAUGGCAUUCAUCUGACUGUAAUCGACGGUCACAGUGGUAAAAUCCUGGAGUCUAAAGGCUUCAGGAACUCAAUCCUGAUGGGAAUUCCGGCUCAGCUAGAGAACUACAUCACAAACCUCAAAGACGAGUCAGUGGUUUUGAUCACCUCUAAAGGGAAGCUGGUCACCAGAGGACCAUGGACCAAAAUUCUCGAUACCCUUGGAGCAGAUCAGACGGUGAAGUUGAAAGAAAAAUUUGCCUUUGUGGGCUUCAAAGGCUCCUUCCGGCCAGACUGGGUGAGGAUGAGUGUUGAUGAAGAGCGGGCCAAACUCCACCAAGUGCUGCCCAUCCCUGUGAUUAAGAUGAUGAAGCUAUGAAGACGAGCGACACACACCGCAGGACUUCUCAGACUCGCUGUAGCAGCACUGCCGGACGAGCCCAGCUACAGGACUACUGAACAUAAAGCACCAAUCACAGCCCAGCAUGUGUUUAUGUUACCUAGCAACCCCUCCCAGCGGAUCCCAUUGUAUGUGACAACGUGGACGUUGUGAUUUUUGGAUCGUGUCGUCAGUUGAUUGUACUUGAGUUUCAACAGGAGAAAAACAAGAAACUAAAAACUAAAAACAACAAAAUUCCUUGUUUUUGUCCCUCUCGGUGAUGUUUGCCUUCAUGAUUCAACAUGUUUUAUUUUUUUCUAAAUAUGUAGAAAAAAAGGUUUCAGAUUGUAAAUGUUGUGAGGUUUCCUCAUUUAAAUUGUCACGCACAAGAGUUGGUUUCGUUUGUGUUGAAUGAGAGAGCCAGCAAAAAAUAAAAAAUAAACACAACCGGCCUUAAAGGAACCAGUCACCCAAAAAUGAACAUUUAACUCAUUUAUUUACACCAUGUCAUUAGAUGUAACAACAAACAAGAUUUUUUUUUUUUUUUACAUUUUCCAAGCAUAAAUUCUGAAAGUACCAUACAAGUUCAAGACACUUGAAAAAAUAUGGACAUAAUUCUUUACAUUUUUCGGUGAACCGUUCCUUUAAAUCGAAUAGUCAAGAAUGGAUUUGAAUCUGAGCAUUAGUAGAUGUCAGUCUAUCAUAAAAUGAUAAAAUCUGUGAUGAAUUGGCUUUUCGUCCAUUUGGCAAGAAGUACGACAUUGUCCCUUUGCCGAAAUAGCUGGUCUUUUUUCGGAGAUUGUAAUUUGUUAGUGUUUUUGUAUGUUUUGUGUGUUUCUAAAAAAAAAAAUCACAAAAAUCCUGAUUGAUAACAGAGAUAUAUUUUAUACUUAUUUAUUGUACAGGCACUAUUACACAAAUCAAGAAGGGAUGUCUUAAGGGACUUUUAAGUUGUAAUGUAUUCCUGUCCUAUCUGUAAAAACUAAAACUAAAAUUUUCAGUUUAGUGUAUAAUUCAAAUAUACAUGAUAUUAACUUUAAGUUGUAUAUGGAUGUGAUGUAAAUGUGAAUGAUUUCCAAGUAAUACAAAUGUAUUACUUUAGAUAAGAAAAAAAUAUAAAGACUUUUGUACAGAAAUAAAUCUUUUUUCCUCAUUUUUGGAGUGAUACUGUUUAUGUAUAUAUAUAUAUAUAUAUAUAUAUAUAUAUAUAUAUAUAUAUAUAUAUACAUAUAUAAAACACAUUUUUGGUGAAUGUUCCAUUUCUAUAGUUGUGUUCAAUUAUAGGGGCCUCAUUUAUAAAGCGUGUUUAUGAAUCGCCCAUGUGCAUAUUUGAGAGAUGAUCAGAAGUUUUUUUAUGUGCAACAUUUAUAAAUGAGGCCUGCCACUGAAUAAAAAAAAAAUUAAAA